UUUCUAUUAAAUCAAUAUUUCAAUCCUGGUUUUGAUUCUGAAAAAAAAACCAAAAAGCUCCUUUUAAAAUUUAAGCAUGUCAGAUAACUUGCAAGAUGAAAUGCAGAGAUUUGAACAAGAAUUGCAUUUUGCUAUGGGAACUAUGCAACCUCAAUAUCCAGCAUUUCCAGGUCCAAUUGGAGGUCAUCAAUCAUUUAAUGAAACUGCAAAUGCAGAUAAUUUUUUAAGAAAACAACAACCUAUUGUUAAUGAAUAUAUUACUAAAGCAAAUAAUGUUACUAAAUUUAUUCCUCCUCAACUUAAAAAUAAAUUACCUCAAUUAAAUGCCCCAUUUAGGCCACUUCAUCCACCUAAUAUUCCCUUCUUUAAUCAGCAUCAAAAUCAGUUUCAAAUGAAUCCUUCACUUCAACAUUUACCAAAUCUUAAUCGUUAUAUAAAUCCCUAUGGUAAUUUGAAUCAACCUUUUGCACAAAAUACAAUGAUUAAUCCAGUAAAUAUGAACUUUCCACCACCUGCAUUGCCUCCAGUUGAAAAUGAUAAAGUUACAAGUUCUGAAGUAGUUGAACAAGAAUCUAAAGUUAUAUUAGCGGCACCUUCUGUUAAAUACGAUAUUCCAAAGGCCGAAAAUCGGUCUUCCAUCGGUUUAUUGUUACCUAAGUCUCUCUCCAAAUCUAACCCCGUAGCUUACUCACUCGUGACCAAAAUGUCCAAGCCAUUUCCUACGUCAACAACAUCCAUUUACCACUCUUCGCUGCCGACGUCGACUAAAGAAAACAUCGUUAUCAAACCUAUGAACGUUAGCAGCGUUAGGGGAAACCUUGAUAGUAAUAUUAAAAAUGCGAGCUCUGCUAAAUUGGGCGAAUUCAAGCCAGUUAUCCCCUCUAAUGAAAAGGAGAGGGAUAAUAAUAACAUAACUAAUAUCGUGAAUAGCAGUACCAAGAAAAAGGAAGACAGUAAUAAGGAUACAGGAGAAAAGAAAAAAAAGAAGAAGGGCAAAAAGAAAAGAGCCGUCAGAUCCCUGGCUGGAACCUCUUCAACUUACAGAGCCGAACAGCCGAAAAAGAGCAAAAUUGUUGUUAGAUACUCUGCUGGUGCUUGUUGGAUGGACGCAUCUUUGCUGGAUUGGGAUCCAAAUGAUUAUCGGAUAUUUUGUGGAGAUUUGGGGAAUGAAGUGACGGACGAAGUGUUAGCCAGAGCGUUUAACAAGUACCCUUCUUUUCAAAGGUCCAAAGUUAUUCGCGAUAAGAGGAACAAUAAAACUAAGGGUUUCGGUUUUGUCAGUUUUAAAGACGCCUUAGAUUACGCCAAAGCUAUGAAGGAAAUGAACGGAAAAUACGUCGGUGGAAGACCCGUGAAAUUACGUAAAAGUUGUUGGAGGGAAAGAAACUUGGACAUUGUUAGAAAAAAGAAUAAAGAAAAACAAAAAUUGGUCAAUCAAAUUAGAGCACUUUAAUAAAAAAAUAUCAACUCAUUUUAAUUAUAUUUGGACAUAUAGCAUUAUGAAUGUAUAUAUAGAUUUUAGGGUAUAUUUUUUUUGUAAAAGAGUUUUA